GAGCCGCCAUGUCCACAUCGCUGGGCUCCAACACCUACAACCGGCAGAACUGGGAGGAUGCGGACUUCCCUAUCCUGUGCCAGACAUGUCUUGGAGAAAAUCCCUAUAUUCGGAUGACCAAAGAAAAAUAUGGAAAAGAAUGCAAGAUUUGUGCCAGGCCGUUCACGGUGUUCCGCUGGUGCCCUGGCGUGCGGAUGCGCUUCAAGAAGACAGAAGUGUGCCAGACCUGCAGCAAGCUGAAGAACGUCUGUCAGACCUGCCUGCUCGACCUGGAAUACGGUUUACCUAUCCAAGUCCGGGAUGCAGGACUCUCACUUAAGGAUGAAAUGCCUAAAUCUGAUGUCAAUAAAGAAUACUACACCCAGAACAUGGAGCGGGAGAUAGCCAAUUCUGAUGGCACUAGACCAGUUGGUGCACUAGGAAAAGCUACUUCUACCAGUGACAUGCUGCUGAAGCUGGCCCGAACCACUCCAUACUACAAACGCAACCGUCCUCACAUCUGUUCCUUCUGGGUAAAAGGAGAGUGCAAGAGAGGAGAGGAGUGUCCCUACAGACAUGAGAAACCUACAGAUCCAGAUGAUCCUCUGGCUGACCAGAACAUCAAAGAUCGUUACUAUGGAAUCAAUGAUCCUGUGGCUGACAAACUUCUGAAACGAGCAUCAACAAUGCCUCGUCUAGAUCCUCCUGAAGACAAGACUAUUACUACGCUGUAUGUUGGAGGGCUUGGAGAUACCAUCACUGAAUCAGAUCUCAGAAAUCACUUCUACCAGUUUGGGGAGAUCCGGACAAUAACAGUGGUGCAGAGGCAGCAAUGUGCUUUCAUCCAGUUUGCCACCAGACAGGCUGCAGAGGUGGCUGCUGAGAAAUCCUUCAACAAACUCAUUGUCAACGGCCGCAGACUCAAUGUCAAAUGGGGAAGGUCCCAGGCAGCAAGAGGAAAAGAAAAGGACAAAGAAGGCACGACAGAAUCAGGGAUAAAGCUGGAGCCAGUUCCAGGACUUCCUGGAGCCCUCCCCCCUCCUCCCGCUGCAGAAGAGGAGGCUUCUGCAAAUUACUUCAAUCUACCUCCAAGUGGCCCUUCAGCUGUGGUGAAUAUUGCCCUGCCACCUCCUCCUGGCAUUGCUCCACCACCACCUCCAGGUUUCGGACCACACAUGUUCCACACCAUGGGGCCCCCACCUCCGUUCAUGAGAGCCCCAGGCCCCAUCCACUACCCAUCCCAGGAUCCCCAGAGGAUGGGUGCCCACGCAGGAAAGCACAGCAGCCCCUAGCAUGUCCUGCCACCCUCAUCCUUGAAGUAAAUGUUAUUUUCUAGUUACCAUGGUAGCAUCAUAUGUUGAGCUGUGGGUGAGCUAGAGACGCCCUAUUUUGCUGCUUGCAGCCACAGGGCAAGCUCAGCUCCAUGUCUCCAGUUAUAAUCGGGUUCUUGAUAUGUCCCAGGUC